AUGUUUAAUCCGGUAAUGCCUAUCGCGUCGCUACUACUGGUUGUUGAUAGGUGGACAUGCAUGCGAUUCAUAGACUCUCGAAGCACCUCCGGCCAUGUGCUGCAGGAAUACGAGGGAAAUGCAGCAAUACACAACUUAGCGGCCUCUAUUUCGGACAAAGAACGAGUAAAGGAUGCGGAGAAUAAUCUCAAUCGUCUGCAGGACGUCGGGCAGAUGGACAUGGAAAUCAUGCAGACAAACUCAUGCACGGUCCGUCAACCAAGAUGUGUGGCCGGUGGAGCUUUCGCAAACCCGACCCCAAUCGGGUCUCCCGUGCUGAAAAAGAAGUCUGACGAAGAGGAUGAGACAGUUACCGCAAUGUGCUCCAUACGAUACCAUAACCAUGCGCCACCAAACCAGUCCCUCCCCUCUGACAUAGGGUCUGAGCAUGAUCAAGAGGCUUCAGAUCAGUCAUCUGUGCGUCGCUACAGACUCCGUCUCGACCUAGAUCCACCGCUCCCCACCCCCACAGCAUCCUCCCUAGCGUCCGCGUUGAGGGCCCAAUAA